AUGAUAUGGGAAAGACAUUUAGUGUCUUCUGGAUUCAGCAAUGACCUUGUUCAUUUCUUCAACCUUUCUCAAGGCUCUCUUGUGAGUACCCAAUCUCUUCUUGGCCAACUUCUUGGCUCUCUUCUCACCAGCGUUUCUGAUCAACUCGAUCAAUCUUCUCUCGUAUGGGGCCAAGCCAGAAACCUCAGACACGAUGGAUCUGACGAAAGCAGCUCUCUGGGAGAGAGCACCCUUUCUGUAAGAGACCUUUGGGGCAACCUCCUUAGCGGUGGUCUUGUGGCCCUUGUUCAAACCGACAGCAAUUCCUUAUAUGUUAGUAUGAGAUGUGAUGGGGGCGAUGGAAGUCGUAUUUUGAUCGAUAAGUUGGAACUUUGA